AUGGCGUCUGAGCAACCAGGAGCGCCUAUCGGCGACGACAAGCCCAUCAUUCCACCUCCUGCUGCCAACAACGAUGGCACAGGUGGCGACGAGACCGCCACUGCAAUCUUGCGCCAGAAGAAAUGUAAGUCUUCUCCAUGUGCUCCGUCGCCGCUUGCUUUGCCUUUUCAUCGCUGACAUUCCGCUACCGCUGCUGUCACGCAGCUCCGAACAGACUUUUUGUCGAUGAGGCCACCACCGAUGACAACUCUGUGGCUUGCUUCUCUGCAGCCAAGAUGGAAGAGCUUGGUCUAUUCCGGGGUGAUACCGGUGAGUGCAUCAGUCAGAUUUGCUGCGCACUGCUUCCAUUGCUUGCAAAGCUUGGAGCUUGGAUCCUUCCCCGCUCCAUCUACGCAUUGAGCCUGCAGUUUUCACAAGCCAUAGGUCGCAACGGACCUGUCGUGCUGACUUCAAUCGUCCUGCUGCUGUCCACAGUCCUUCUGCGGGGAAAGAAGCGCCGAGACACUGUCUUGAUCUGCUUGACGGCAGAUGACACCGAGGACAGCAAAAUCCGUCUGAACAAGGUUGCUAGGAACAACUUGCGCGUCAAGCUCGGCGACUUGGUCACCGUACAUGCGUGCCACGAUAUCAAGUACGGCAAGCGCAUUCACGUCUUGCCCUUCGACGACAGCGUCGAGGGUCUCACUGGCAACAUCUUUGAUGUCUACCUCAAGCCAUACUUCCUCGAGGCAUAUCGCCCAGUCCGUAAGGGCGACACUUUCACUGUUCGUGGUGGCAUGCGCGCUGUUGAGUUCAAGGUCAUUGAGACGGAUCCUGCAGAAUUCUGCAUCGUCGCGCAAGACACUGUUAUCCACACGGAGGGAGAUCCUGUCAAGCGCGAAGACGAGGAAGCAAAUUUGGCAGAUGUGGGCUACGACGAUAUUGGAGGUUGCAGGAAGCAGAUGGCUCAGAGUGAGUUGGGUAAUCGUGCGGCGAGGUGGCAAACCCAAAUCGAAGGGUGACUUUCCUUGCAACGGUCUUGUCCUGACUCUUUGCUUGCGGCUCCAUUUAUAGUUCGCGAAAUGGUAGAGUUGCCUCUCCGACACCCUCAGCUCUUCAAGGCUAUCGGUAUCAAGCCGCCCCGAGGAGGUGAGUCUACAUAUGACUUUGCAUGACGCGCGGACGAAGGUCUGACUUGUAUACUUCUUGAUCUAGUCCUCAUGUACGGCCCUCCCGGUACCGGUAAGACCCUCAUGGCGCGAGCUGUGGCGAACGAAACAGGCGCUUUCUUCUUCCUGAUCAACGGACCAGAGAUCAUGAGUAAGAUGGCCGGAGAAUCUGAAUCCAAUCUGAGAAAGGCAUUUGAGGAGGCGGAGAAGAAGUGAGUACGCUGCAGCAUCUGAGUCCACAUGGGGCGUUGUGCUAAUUGAGAUGAAUCCAUUGCAUGUACAGUUCGCCUGCAAUCAUCUUCAUCGAUGAGAUCGACUCAAUCGCGCCGAAGCGAGAGAAGACCAAUGGAGAGGUCGAGCGUCGUGUGGUUUCCCAGCUUUUGACCCUCAUGGACGGUCUCAAAGCGCGUUCCAACAUUGUUGUCAUGGCUGCGACGAACCGGCCCAACUCCAUCGACCCGGCACUUCGCCGUUUCGGGCGCUUCGACCGCGAGGUCGACAUCGGCAUUCCUGACCCCACCGGACGUCUCGAGAUUCUUCGCAUCCACACCAAGAACAUGAAGCUGGGCGACGAUGUGGAUCUUGAACAAAUAGCCGCCGACACUCAUGGUUAUGUGGGCAGCGACAUGGCAAGCUUGUGCUCCGAAGCUGCGAUGCAGCAGAUCCGUGAGAAGAUGGAUCUUAUCGACCUCGACGAGGACACGAUCGAUGCCGAGGUGCUUGAUAGCCUUGGCGUCACGAUGGAGAACUUCCGCUUCGCGCUUGGCGUCUCAAACCCUUCGGCUCUGCGCGAGACUGUGGUGGAGGUCCCCACUGUCACAUGGAAAGACAUUGGUGGUCUGGAGAAAGUCAAGCAGGAGCUGCAAGAGACAGUGUCCUACCCUGUCGAGCACCCAGAAAAGUUCCUUAAGUAUGGAAUGUCUCCAUCCAAGGGUGUACUCUUCUACGGCCCCCCAGGUACUGGUAAGACGAUGCUUGCGAAGGCUAUUGCCAACGAAUGCCAGGCCAACUUCAUCUCGAUCAAAGGCCCAGAACUCCUUACAAUGUGGUUCGGGGAAAGCGAGGCCAACGUCCGUGAUGUCUUCGACAAGGCACGUGCUGCAGCUCCCUGUGUCAUGUUCUUCGACGAGCUGGACGCCAUUGCGAAGAGCCGUGGUGGUUCAAAUGGCGACGCCGGUGGCGCUGGCGACCGAGUGAUCAACCAGAUCUUGACAGAGAUGGACGGUAUGAACGCGAAGAAGAACGUUUUCGUUAUCGGCGCUACAAACAGACCCGACCAGAUCGACUCUGCCAUCUUGCGUCCUGGGCGUCUCGACCAGCUAAUCUAUAUUCCGCUGCCUGACGAGACAAGUCGUCUUUCUAUUCUUUCCGCCACUCUCAAGAAGUCGCCGGUGGCCCCCAGCGUCGAUCUCAACUACCUCGCAAAACACACCCACGGUUUCUCUGGAGCUGACUUGGCUGAGAUCUGCCAGCGCGCUGCCAAGCUGGCAAUCCGUCAAAGUAUCGAGGCCGACAUCAGACAAGCACGCGAGCGAGAGGAGAAGAGAUUGGCAGAGGGCGGAGCACACGCCGACGACAUCAAGAUGGAGACCGAUGCGGCCGUAGAAGAAGAGGCUGGCAUCGAUGAGGUGCCCGAAAUCACCGUCGAUCACUUCGAAGAGGCCAUGAAGUUCGCUCGUCGCUCAGUCUCAGAUCAGGACAUCCGAAGGUACGAGAUGUUCGCUCAGAACCUGCAACAAUCUCGUGGUCUAGGAUCUGGCUUCAAAUUCCCCGAUGAGGGUGGUGCAGGUCGUCAAGAAUCUGGUGGCGCUCAGUUCGGCGCGGAUGGCGAUGAUGAUGACCUCUACGCGUAG